UGUUGAAGGUUCGUUGUGUGUUGUCAAUUGUCAAAAAUCAUAAGACGUCAACGUCGGAUUUUAAAAAGUUUCAUGUUUUGCUAUUUAUAAGUUGUUAAAAACACCCUGUGGCGCAGGCCUGUAAUAGUAUUUUUCGCCAAUGUUUACAAUACAAUUUGUCUUAUACUUUUCACCAUUGAUAUGAACAAAAAGGUAGAUACGGUUGAUAUCUUAUGCGAAUUCUUCGAAGUUGCAAUCCACAACAUUGUUUAUGUCAGGAAGUUGUACCCAGCCUCUAUUUUUACUGAAAAAAAGAAAUACGGAGUUCCAGUUUAUCAGUGCAUACAUCCUGAGGUCAAUAAUUAUAUCAUAGACUCCCUGAAAGCAGCACGUUUCCAUUUGCGGAAAAAUCAGUUGAAAAGACUGUUUGUUUGCUUCCAUACAGAAGAUAAGCUGAUUGAAAAAUACAUUUUUGAAGUGUUAAGCUUAAAAAAUAUUAUAGACAGUGAUACCCUGUUAAUAGAAUUUGAAAAAUCCUUAAGAGCAUUAGUUUUAAACUUAUUCACAUCAAAGCAGUAUGUUGAUGAACUACCUGAAGAUGCUACUUUUACUGUGAGGCUUCAGACCACCGCCUACUCUAGCUUAGAGUUCGACCAGAGCCCUUCUUAUGAGGAUUUUCCGUGGAUAGAAAUAAAAGAAAAAAACAAUAAGGUUGAAAAUGCAGAUAUUAUUCCAGUCCACACAGUAGAGUCAGAUGUGAUAAAUUUCCAAUUGUAUAUUGAGAAAAGCAAUUGAUGAUGGAUGAAAGCAAAUCCAGUGAAGGCGGCAUAAAACUAAAGAGUAGAUUAGCUGUUUUUGAGCAUAUUACAGAUGAGAACAAACCAAAGAAAAGAAAAUUUGGUUCCAGCAGGUUCAAUGAUUCAGAUGAUUCCUCAGUUUCAGAAUCUGAGCUGGUCAUAGAUGAGACACCUACUGAGGUAAAGAAGAAGCAAAAGAGAAAACGUCCGAUCAGAAUUAGUGAAGAGGUACUAAGUUUGAAGUGUGACUGGGAUUCAUGUGGUACUGUUAUAGACUCAUGGCGUGAAUUUGACGUUCAUCUUCUUGAACAUGCGUCAUAUUCUGGAACAAAUUGUCUAUGGCUUGACUGCGGAUACGAUUGUAUGACAGUUCCUUUUCUCAUGCAACACAUUUCUUAUCAUGGAUACCUUACAAAGUUGAAAAAUAUUGGUAAGAAUAUUUUGGAACGAGAGAGUUUGCCCGAAUGCAAACAUGAGAGAAAUGAAAAAAUUAUUUUGAAGAGAGAAGGGUACGUAUGUGAGUGGGAGCACUGCUUGAGAAAUUUCUAUAACAUUUGCGAGUUCCACUUGCAUAUGGAAAUUCAUGUAAAUGCUAAUCCAAGAGUUGCAAAUGAGAAGAAAAAUGAAAUAAUUUCGUGUGAUUGGGCAGGUUGCAAACAGAGGUUUGCUACAAAAUAUAAGUUGGCGGAGCAUUUGAGAACGCAUACCCAUGAAAAAAUAAUUUGUUGUCCAACGUGCAGCACAUUGUUUGCCAAUAAAACCAAGUUUGUUGAUCAUCGAAAGCGGCAGUUAUCAGAACACUUACAAAGUUACCAGUGUUCCCAGUGCUUGAAGCUAUUUCCAACUGAGCGAUUACUGAGAGAGCACACUCGUUCUCACAUAAAUCACUACAAAUGUCAAAUGUGCAAUAUGACUUGUGCUACUCCUUCAAGACUGGCAGAACACAUUAGGUUUAGGCAUUUGGAUAUGAAGCCUUUUAAAUGCAAUGAAUGUGAUAAAACCUUCAAAACGAAAUAUAUUUUGGCAACUCAUAUCAAAACUCAUGGCGGCGAGUCGGAGGUGUGCGGGCAUUGUAAUUUCAAAUGUCGCUCUAAAGUAGGGAUGCAGUCUCACUAUAAAAAGAAACAUGACCAGGCAGCACCAAUAUUUGAAUGUCAUUCGUGCAAAAAGAAACUAAAAAGAGGUCAGUUUCUGACUAAACAUUUGAUGAAAAUGCAUAAUUACCAUUGGCCUUCGGGUCAUUCCAGAUUCAGAUUCCUACGCAGUGUUACUUUAAUAGUCUGAAAGAUCCGUAACAUAUCGAGAAAAGGGCAUCUAGCCCCCCCCCAAAACGAAAAAAUGAACUUGAUGUUACGGUUCGAUUUUUUAAUGCACCGGAUGAAAAGUGUCAUGUACUGAAGUAGGUCACCGUCGUGACCGAGACUUAUACUACUGGCUGUGUGCGCAGGUGCAUGAUCGUGGUGGAAGAACUAGACCCCUGGCUGCCACAAAUUGGGUCUUUUUGACGAACGCAAUCGUCUUAAAACCUCCAAAUAGCACAAGCUCUCUAAUUUUUUCAACAUUUUCUUCCAUUCGGGCAGUUGAUGGACGUCCAGAGCAAGAUACCGUAAAGACAAAGAUGGAAUCUACCGCUUGCAAACGGUUCGAUACGAGAGUCUUGAAGUCACUGAAGAGAUGAUUAGGAGUGAGUCGAUGCAAAAAAGUGAUGGCGCGUCGCUUGGUUCUGAUGAUAAGAAGGAUUACUGUAUAUCUGUCUCGUGCAGUAACGAAGCCUUCGCGUCAGGCGAAGAUAUUAUAAUUAUGAUCACGGAUGUUGACGAACAAGGAAAUAUUAUUCAGACGAAGAUGGUGGAAUCUGGUACCGUUGUAGAGGAAAAAAUCCUGCUGAAAAGUCCGGUGGUUGGGCUUCCAAAUUUGGACGAAUCGGAUGAUGAGCCACCGACCUGAUCCAGAUGGAUGAACUAAUCUGAGAAAUGUCUAUCACUGUUUGUUUCUGUGUUCAAUUGAUUAUAUCUUCGUUUGUUACAUACAUGAUUUAAUACAUAUUUCUAUUGAAG